AUGGGCUUAUCAACCUCCCCUUUCGCCAAGUACUGGAAGGCGAUCAAGGAGUCAACUCCAGGAAUCUACAACCGCAAAUUGAUGUUUACCGUUUUUGUUUACGCCCUUUCAGGCAGUUCAAGAGGCUGGGAUGAAGGUUCAACCUCCGCCAUCACCCAAUUGAAAAGUUUUCAGAAACAAUUCAAUGUCUCCCCCGACAAGGACGACGAGAUUAUCUCCAAUAUCGUCUCGCUUGUCAAUCUGACUGCCGGUGUUGGCGCUCUUCUCUCCUUCCUCCUCAACGAUCGGAUCGGCCGAAGGUGGUCUCUGCGGUUAUAUCUGGCCAUUGUAGCAGUUGGUUCUCUCAUUUCUACCCUAUCUUACGGCUCAAUCGCCGCCUUAUAUGUUGGACGUCUUGUCUCUGGCUUGGGUAUCGGUGCCCUCACCGUCACCGGUCCCAUGUCGAUUGUCGAAAUCUCGCCACGACUGACACGAGGCCUGAUGACUCUCUGGUUCAACAUCGCCAUGCUGAGCAGUCAAAUGAUUGGCAUAUUUGUUGUUUAUGGGUGCAAUCGGAACAUGUCCCCGACGCUAAACCUUCAGUGGCAGACACCCUUCUUCGUGCAAACAUUCAUCCCCUUCAUUGCCACCUUCCUGUCCUUCUUCGUUGAUGAGUCGCCCCGCUGGCUUUGCAUGAAGGGCCGUGUCGAGGAAGGUUUAGAAGCCUUGGCCAACAUCCGAGGCUGUGCUCGCGAUGAGCCCCAUCUGGCGGCCGAGUUCGACAGCAUCAACGAGCCUAUUCAGCUCGAGUUGGCCGAGUAUGGAAAGGACACAUUGGUCUCAACUAUUCGCGAGACAUUCGGCAAGAGGUCGAAUCUUCGCCGUGUGCAACUAACCAUCGUUGCCUACAUUCUUGCCCAGAUGUCCGGCGCAAACUCAAUCACCAACUAUCUCCCACAGAUCUUCGGCUAUAUUGGUGUUACUGGGACUGAUGCCAAAAUCUACUCGUCCGGGUUCUACGCCCUGGCCAAGCUGGGAUGCUGCGUUCUUGCCUCGCUAUUCUUCGUCGAUGCGAUCGGUCGACGCAAGUCCUUGUUUAUUGGUAUUACUAUCCAGAUGUUCUGCCAUGUCUAUCUCGGCUCGUUCCUUAAUGUCACCGGGUCUGGCAAGUCCGUCACUCUGGGCGCCUCCGACAUGGCAAUCGCAGCAAUCUACAUUCACGCCCUUGGUUGGGCUGUUGGUCUCUACAGUUUGCCAUACCUGUUUGGCGCAGAAUUGUGGCCCAACCGAAUCCGUUCCUUUGGCGGUGCACUGUCCCAGUGCUUCCACUGGCUCUUCUUGUUCGCCAUCACAAAAGCGACGCCCUCUAUCCUUUCGUCGAUGAACAAAUGGGGCGCCUUCAUCUUUUUCGCUGUCUGGUGCUUCAUCGCUCUCAUCUACUGCUUCAUCAUGGUGCCCGAGACCAGUGGUCGCAGCCUCGAGAGCAUGAACAGGCUUUUCGAGCACCGCUGGUAUGAGAUGCGAAAGUAUGCAUAUGAGGAUAUCCCCAUUGGUAAAGCAGAUCCAGAGGUAGAGGACAAGGAUGCGGAGCGCGGCUCUGUCGAGCGCGUCGAGCGUAUUUGA